AUGCAAUCGGUUAAUAUCGUCGGGAGGGCCAUAAAGGCGUGGUGUCAUUUAUCAUUGGCCAUUUUUAUCAUACUCAGUGCUAGGAGAGUCGAGGGCAAGCGGAUUCACCCUGAUUAUAAAAAUCAAGCAGAAGCUAACAUGGAAGGCCGUAUUGUGGGCGGUGAGGUAGCCCCGGUGGGGUUUGCACCCUAUCAAGUCUCCAUCCAAUCGAUAUUUGGCUCCCAUCUCUGUGGCGGGGUAAUUAUCGACAAUGAAUGGAUAUUAACGGCCGCCCAUUGUGUACAAGACUACCCACUCGAUGUGUUGCGUGUAAUAUCGGGCACCAAUAAUUGGCGACAACCUGGAACUGUAAGUCUGUUGGAAGUAGCCAUACCCCAUUGUCGUCACGAUCAACCGGAAUAUCACAAUGAUAUUGCCGCGGUGCAUCUGGAUAAGCCGCUGGUCUUUGAUAAUUAUACCAAUAAAAUUGAAUUAUCCCGAGAGGUGCUGAAAGAGGGUGACAUUAUCACCAUGACCGGCUGGGGUGCCAUGCGUCUCAAUGGUGAACCUCCAGAACUUUUACAAAAAUUAGAUUUUAAUUUUAUACCCCAUGAAGAAUGCCGUCGUCGAUGGGAUUAUGAUGAAGGUGUUGGUGUGGGUCAUAUUUGUUCCAUGACCCGUGAAGGUGAGGGGGCAUGUAAUGGAGAUUCUGGUGGACCACUGACAUUUAACGGUAAAUUGGUGGGCCUUGUUAAUUGGGGUGCACCAUGUGCUAAGGGUAAACCGGAUAUGCAUGCCAGUACGGUAUAUUAUUAUGAUUUUAUACAAUUGGCUUUAAAUCAAUGUACUAGGUUAAGGGGAUGA